GGGGCCAGGCUUAAGCAAAGAACAGUCGAAAGAUACAUGUACAAAGACAAAGAUCCGAGAAGCCAUUUCUUGACACAGCGACGCGUGGGGAAAGAAGAGCCACACCAUCUCGAUUUCGUCUGCUGAUAAGGAGUCACCUCUUAAUUAAUUACUCCAGUACUUGCUGAUCAAGAUGUCCCGAGCUAUUAUUGCCGUCUUAAGAUUGACAACACUCGUACUGCUGCUACAGUGUAUCGUCUGUCAGGCUCAAGAUGAUGUCUGUGCGUGCGCCUUUCAACCCGAAGAUCCUCCCGAAUGUCGUGUGUACGGUCAAUUGGGCGAUGAUGUCUUGAUUCCCUGGUAUCGCGCCUCGCAAGAAUGUUUGGAUGUGUUCCAGAUCAAAGACCAAGCCAUUGAUCCCGUCAUUCUCGACUCGAUCUACGGCAGCGAUCCUCCCAAUGUAAAUGCGCUCGUGAGUUUUCUACGGUUCAACGAAGGCUCUACCGUUGCCAAUGGUAUCAAAUUGAGCAUGGACGAGUACUUUGUCGAAGAAUCCGAUACGGGUCGAGUGAUUUUCAAGGCGCAAAUUAUGGAUGCCAAUGGCAACACUGUGAAUUGUCGUGACGAUGGAGUCGGCGAUUGUUGGAAUGUCGUAAAAGACUAUUUGAAUACACCAGAGGGACAACAAGAAAUGACGGAAAUUGGUGUCACACUGUACAAUCAACAGGCCGUGUCGUUGGAAAAAGAACAAUCACUGGUCCGGAUUCGAUUGUGUUCGGAUGGAGCCACAACGGAAUGUGAGCCAUUGUCGGGACAAGUCCAAGACAAGGUUCAAGAGUUGGCCGGAACCAAAGACUGUUCCGCCUAUGGACUCGGACCGCGAACCGACAAUCUGCCCUAUUGUGGAAGCUCCUCCUCCUCCUCCACCACCACAACCGCAGAAGGUACAACAGACGGCAACAACAUUAGCAGCAGUACACAGGCCGAACCUAAGAGCUCGGCAUGGUCAAUUAUUGGUGCUGGUAGUACGAGUUUAUUCCGGGUCCGAUUUAGCGGCUGGAUACUCGCUGCUGUGCUCAUUGGACUUUAAUACGGUACUGAUGAAACCUGCAAAGCAAAGCCCUUUGGCCCCAAUGUUAGUCCUCAAUAAUUUAUCUUCCCCUGAUCCCACGGAACCCAGUCCUGAAUUUUGACUCUUCUUUUCCUAAUCCUGGCCCUCGCUGGCAUCCCUGCUCUAAACCCCCUUAGUAUUAGAAAGUCAAAAGUUGUAGUGUAAUGAUGCUGCGAUAGCCGGCUAGCUAGAGGAAGGUUUUUUGGUGGCUUGUUUUGCUGAGCGACCGAUGCUAGA